CGGCGGCUGGAGGACUCGGCCUGGGCACCUGGGCAUCUGGGCGAGCGAGAAGAGGCACGGCUCAGGCGGGGGCUAUGGACGGUGGCGACGCGAGGGACAAGGAGGAGGAGGAGGAGGAGGAGAUCACCGCGGCCACGCUGCGGGUCAAGCCCCGGCCGCUGCCCAUCUCCGCCAUGUCCACUCUGGGCUACGCCCCGUCCGAUCGCCCCGAACCCAAGGAGCUCAGCUACUACAACCGCCAGCGCCGGCUGAACUCGGCACCUGCUCUCCAGAUCCUCCUGGUUGGAAGUACUGGGCAGAAGGAGAGAAGCCCACAGAGCUUUCAGACAACCUGUUUUCGUACUGUGGGUGCUGAACCCUGCUUAGAACAGGCUGUUGACACGAUGGGAGCAUUGUGGGUUCGUGGAGGGCACCAGCACCUCCACUUCUCAUCAGAUUCUCCAAAGCAAGGGGUUAUUUCCCUCUAUGACUGUGUGUUUAAGAGGAGACUAGACUAUGACCAGAAAUUACACCGCGAUGACAGAGAGCAUGCCAAAGGCCUUGGACUCCACAUUAACAAAGAGGAAAAGGAAAGGCCUGUCGGAGUGCUGGCAUCCUCUGCCUAUGGAAAACGCAUCCAUCAGCCCGUGGAGCCCUUGAACCGAGGCUGUGGCCGUGUGAACCACGUGCAGGCUGACUUCUACAGGAAGAAUGACAUCCCCAGCAUCAAGGAGCCUGGCUUUGGGCACAUUGCUCCAGCCUGAGGUGGCCCCGGGGCCCAGGCCCGUUCCAGAAAGGGAGGCUGCUGGGGGAGCGCGGGGCCCAGCCUGGCUUCCCUUCUCACCUCCUGCUGCAGCGACGCACCUUGACCUCGGGAGGGACCUGGCCCCGCGCCUUUGCCCGCGUUAAACAUGUCCAGCGGAGGGAUUUUCACCUGCACUUGUUUCCAAUGCAAUGAUGCUGACCCACACAUUGUAUUCUCCCAAAUAAAAGGAAAGCAACCUUG